CCCCCUCACCCCGCCCCCAGCCGAAUGGGCCUGAAAACCUGGAAGCCCCAUCACCUUAACAAUCCUUCCACCUCCAUUUUAUAAGUCAGGCAGCAGCACUGGUCCUGGUUCCUGGCGGAUGACUGACGCCCAUUUUCUCUCGGCCUCUUCAAUUUCUCCAACCAAGAUCAAUCCACAAUGGCUGACUCAGGAGCUGCAGUGGUGUUUAAGCUUGUGUUGGUGGGAGAUGGAGGCACCGGGAAAACUACCUUUGUGAAAAGACACAUGACUGGAGAGUUUGAGAAGAAAUAUGUCGCGACUUUGGGUGUAGAGGUUCAUCCUUUGAUGUUCCAUACAAACCGAGGCGCCAUUAGGUACAAUGUGUGGGACACAGCUGGUCAGGAAAAGUUUGGAGGCCUGAGAGAUGGCUACUACAUCCAGGCCCAGUGUGCCAUCAUCAUGUUUGAUGUCACCUCCCGAGUCACUUACAAGAACGUGCCCAACUGGCAUCGUGAUUUGGUCCGUGUCUGUGAAAACAUUCCCAUCGUCCUCUGUGGUAACAAGGUUGACAUCAAAGACAGGAAAGUUAAAGCCAAAAGCAUUGUGUUUCACCGCAAGAAGAACCUGCAGUACUACGACAUUUCUGCCAAGAGUAAUUACAAUUUCGAGAAACCUUUCCUGUGGCUAGCACGGAAGUUGAUUGGUGACCCCAACCUGGAGUUUGUGGCUAUGCCAGCUUUGGCUCCCCCUGAGGUCCAAAUGGACCCCAUCCUUGCUGCCAAGUAUGAGGCUGAGCUUCAUGUUGCGUCACAAACGGCACUCCCAGACGAGGAAGACGACCUCUAACCUGCCACCGCCCCUUGUUUCCCAGCCCCCAGUUCUCCCUCGUGGACAGGAAGUUGGAGUUGGAAUUUUUUUCCGCCCUGUUUACUGUAAUAUCCCCUUUCAGUUUUUUUUCUUUCUCAGUUUUUUUUUUUGUUUGUUCUAAAACAAGUAAAUGGUGGAAAAAAGUUUUAAUUUCUGUAUAAGAUGUAUCUUCCCUAGUGUUUUUGGCAUGGUGAGAUGCCAGUCUUCAUUGUGGGUCACUCCACUGCACUUACCCAGCUGAUGUGAUGCUGUUGUAUGGUGUUCUGGACUUGCUAAAGAAGAAAACUUUGAAUAAAAACAUUAUCAAUAAACAACCUAA